GAAGAGCUUGUUUGUGUUUUGGUUCUGAGGGGAAGUUGCGAGAAUAAAGAAAGGAGGAGACGUGACGGGAUUGUUGAAAUUAUUUUUCUUGGGUCCCUAACAUCAUCUCGCCAUCGUGUCCUGGGCUCCAUAUUUAAAGACUACAGGCGUGGUAUUUAAAUAUCCAAACAUCGCCUGGCUCUCAGCAGAAGUCCUGAUAGUUGGUUUGGCCCACAGGACACCCGAGGAUCUGCCUAGGUCAUGGCCAAUCGGGGAGGAGCUACGAGACCCAAUGGACCCAAUGCAGGGAACAAAAUCUGUCAGUUCAAGCUGGUGCUGUUAGGCGAGUCAGCUGUGGGGAAAUCCAGCUUAGUGCUCCGCUUCGUCAAGGGUCAGUUCCACGAAUUCCAGGAAAGCACAAUAGGAGCUGCCUUUCUCACCCAGACAGUGUGUCUAGAUGACACAACGGUGAAGUUUGAAAUCUGGGACACUGCAGGUCAGGAGCGUUACCACAGUUUGGCGCCAAUGUAUUACAGAGGAGCACAGGCCGCCAUCGUCGUCUACGACAUCACGAAUGAGGAGUCCUUUGCACGGGCAAAGAACUGGGUGAAGGAGCUGCAAAGACAAGCUAGCCCUAAUAUAGUCAUUGCUUUGUCAGGCAACAAGGCCGACCUCGCCAACAAGAGAGCUGUCGACUUCCAGGACGCCCAGUCCUACGCAGAUGACAACAGCUUACUUUUCAUGGAGACGUCGGCCAAAACAUCUAUGAAUGUUAAUGAGAUAUUUAUGGCUAUUGCAAAGAGAUUGCCGAAGAGUGAGCCACAGGCCGCAGGAGCCAACAGCGGGAGGAACCGAGGAGUAGAUCUGACAGAAGCUGCUCAGCCAGCCAAGGCCCCGUGCUGCAGUAACUAAUGUGAAGAAUGACCCUCAGACCAGCCUGAAUAGCAGUAACUAAUGCAGCUGAUGCCCCUGAACGAUUUACUAAUGCAAUGUGUUGUACUCUUAUCUCCAGUGCUCUCAUUUGCAAAUCAGGAAAAGAUAUCCCCCUUUCCCUCCUUUUUCUUUUUUUGUUGUUACACGGUCAGUUCCAUCACACCUCACAUAGCUCUACGUCUUUUCCUCCAUCGCGGCUCCGCCUCUAAAACAAUUCUCUCCUACUUUCUGCCAUCCAACUUUGAACAUCUACCAAUAACGAUUGAUAGAUCACUCACAACAGAUAUUAAAGACAUUAGUGCACCUUGCCUUUCACUGUGUAGAUAUGAGUUUCAUUUAGAGGACGUGGUCACUUCCCUGUUUUGGGGAUAGCUUAAGACUUUACUACUGCAUUUCUAAAACCUGUCUUGUUUUUGUUCUUUUUUUUUUUAAAACAUUUUCGUUUGGGUUUUUUGGAUGUUUUUUCUUUUUAAAUGAUAGAUGCACAUACUUGCUUACGUAUAGGGCCUAAAUUGGUCAAACAAAAAAAAACAGUUUGACCCUUUGUCUGUAGCAGCACACCAACGGAGAACAGGAGUGUGGGCUUUUGAAUCUCUGAAAGGAAAGGCUAAGAGGAACCCCAAGCUCCAAACCUCUCUCUCUCAUUAGGACCCUUUUUUGUCAUGAAAUUAAGUAAACAUUUGGUAACUGUAGUCCUCGUAGAUUCUCUCCCUGUCUGUUCCACUUUACCUGUCCUUUUGUCCCCCCCCCCCCCCUUGACCCAGACUACCACUAGUGUAUGUCCUCUUCCAUUAUCCUUAGGCUCCAUUUUGGGGUCAUGCCUGCUUUGAGCUAUCCCUAGUGGCAUUGUGCAAUGUUUCACAGUAUGAACUCUGUGACUUGAGUGUCUGCAAGGAUCAGUGCAGCACAACAAAACACCCGUACAUCCUCCUCCUUAUCUCUUGACCCAGUGUCAUUCAUAAAGACCAUCCCUUUGUUGAAUACUUUGUCUCUCUGUCGUUGGAUGAUUUGGUUUAUGCAGAUUGUCUUGAAGUUGUAAAGCGUAAACAUUUCUGGGCUGUGCUGGGUUUCCACCUGGUAAAAAGAAAGGUUAAAGGUAGCAAGCUGCAAUAUGUGAAUCUGCUUCUUAAUCAACUUUUUGUUUGUUUGUUUCUCAAUUAGGAAGUGCUUUAGACACAAUUGUGUGUCAUUGUGUACAAACUGGGCCUGGGCCAGCUGGCUGAUGACAGACUCCUUCCAUAGACUCACUCACACGUGCCCAUUUAUGUGUGUGUGUUUAGACACACACACAUAAACACACUCAUCCUAUUGACUUCUUCACCCUGAAAUACUUUGUACAUAAACACCCACAAACACACUGUCUGUUACACCACUUACUUCUGUUAAGCACACACACUUUUGUUUAUACCCCCAUCCUGAUUACACAUAUACACACACACACACACACAUACACACUUCUCCAUGCAGUUGUGUGGUCAAUAACUUUCUACAGGUCGAUCUUACUCAUGCCUUGCACUAUUGAUGCUCAUGAAUAUAUCUUGUCAUAAUUACAGCCAGUUUGAUAUAAAUAUAUAUAUAAAUAUAAAUAUAUAAAUAAUAUACUGUAAAUAGGGUGUUGCGGUGUAGUCAACUUUUUUUUUUAUUUACCAGUGACAGGACUAAUGCUUGCUAGGGAGUUGGCUAGAUAAUCAUUAAAAAAAACUGCACAGUUGGCAGGAAAAAAAACAGCUACAACCUGGGUUUGGAGUUUUGUUGCUGUUCCUUUUUUCACACAAAUGGUUAAAUUAUAAUCUGUGGUGGUCUUUAUAAAUGUAUGUAGUGUUAUUAACAAACAACAUGAAAUGGCAUUUAUUUAGUGGUCUGUCUUGUACCUUUUUCUUAACGGAAAGGAAAUAAUCUCUGAACGUUUGGUUUCAUUUUUUAAUCCCUUGUCAUUUCUUAAAUUAUUAUUUUUUUCAUGCGACUAUGACUUGGUUUGUUAAAGCUCCAAACGGAGACAGACACAAAAACAACAGAACAGAGUGAUUAACGAACAGUCGCCCCCUUUAUAAGAUAUCAGUAACCUUUUUGAAGAUAUUGUAGGAACAGGCACAAUGGUAGAUUCAUGAAUAAACAGUGUAACAGAUGAUACGGUUGUACAGUGUAUGGUAUUCUUUGCAGUGAACACUUAAUUACAGCCAGAAAAUACAUUUAAAUGCAAGCAUUUUACAGUACUGUUAUGUAAUGAUGAAAUAAAUACUGAAAUAAAUUUGAUCAUUUAUUAUUGUAA